UAGUGUUCACGCAUUAUGUGCAUGUGUGCGCGUGUGUGUGAACCCGUAAUCCUGAGUUUUCAGUAAGGAACCAAACAUUUCGACUUGUUAGUGCGCCAACAAUUAUUGAAGCAAUUAAAUAACAGUGGGACCCUGUUUUUUCUUGGUGCUGGUAAUCCAUUCUACGGAUUAACUUUGCCGGGAGCCAGACUGUUAUUAACAAACGAAUCUGAAAGCACGUAAGCUUGGAUUCAGUGAAGCAUAACAUAACAUCCUGGCACAGCAUUCAUUUGUGAAUCCUGGAGCCUAACCUUAGAUGGAUCUGGGUGCCUUUUUCAGUUUUUAUAGGUCUUACUGGAAGAGGCUGCAUUGAGGAAUAUUUCUUGAAUAAAAUUGUACAGUUGACUGUUGUCCUUGGGCAGAUCCUCUUUGCGGAUUAAUCAAACAUGCCACCAAAUUCACCAUUUAAUUUAAUUAAUAAACACAAGGCCAUAUUAUACAUAGGUAAAUAAUAUACAUCGCAUAAGUUGCCAUUUCAUUCGAUAUAUUUGUUUUAUCUGAGUCAUGUCACCCCCAUUACUAAAGUCGAUUGACAGUUUACAGUAAAAGUACCUCUGCUGCCCACUUUGAAAGGUUUCCCCAUUCCUUUUUGCGUGUGUGUGUUUUUUGUUAAGUCAGCAAUGUCAGGAGGUCACUUUUGCCAUUAGCCUUGAUGAUUGUCGAAUUUCCUGACUGUGCCAUGCUGGUGCGAUAAUGUGUCCAUUGCUUGUGUAGCUGUGCGAGACUGGGAGACAAGAGGGCCGCUCAUCAAAACAGAGCAUGGAGAAGAGAGCGCCGGCUGGAGACCAUGCAGUGAUGGGAGCCUGUGCCGAGGUGGAGGUGGAACUGGGAGACAUGAAUGAAGCAGGGAGCGGCAGGCUGGCAUGCGGCAUCUGCGGGCGGAGGUUUAUGAACCGGAACUCGCUGCGGCGACACAUGCUGCUGCACGAGGGAGACGUGGGCACCAAGAAGCACCAGUGCCGGCUGUGCCCGUACGCCACGGAGCUUGCCACUGAGCUGCACCAACACGAGAAGGCACACGCCGUGGGGCGCGUGCAUGCAUGCGGAGAGUGUGGCAGGGACUUCGUGAUGGCCUCGCAGCUCAGGGCUCACCUCAGAGUUCACGCAGAGGGUAUGCGCAGCAGGUGUGAGGAUGGAGUGAAGACGACUACGCUGUCACCAAACCCCGACAGCCCCGUGCACAUCGACCUCGCAGGCGACAGAGCACAGUUGUCUUCAAGCGGCAAGCGGAGGAAUCUCAUGCCCACUUUGGACAAGAAGGUGCAGGUUAUCAAGAGGUUCAACAAUGUUGAUACUGCGUCCCACCUUGCUGCUGAGCAUGGCUGCGGUAAAAAUACUGCUCAUCACCUUCACCCCAGCAGGGACAAAAUCCUGUCGCACGUGUCAUCAUCUAACAGCACAGAAGGGCCCUUGCGAAGGAACAGCACAAAGACUGCUGUCGUGCAGCAGUUGGACUCGGCACUUUUCUCCUGGUUCAAGCAGAGACAAGCCGCGGGCAAGUCCAUCUCAAGCCGUGCGGUUGUCGAGAAGGCCCAGCAGUUGCACCGUGAUCUUGGAAUAAGUGAGCCCCUCAAUGUUGGGUGUGGGUGGCUGCACCGUUUUAUGCACCGACAUGGCAUUCAUGGCCUGAAUCCUCAACCAGAAAGAUUCUCCACUGAAGAUUGUGCCACGUCCGCCUUUUGUAGGCGGUUCCUUAGGCUGGUAGAUGCACACGCCCUGGUGCCGGAUCAGUUGUAUGGAGCCACAGAGUUGGAAUUGCACUGGAAGGGUGUCUCAGUGGCUGGCACGGCGAUGGCUGCUCCUGACUUUAUUGAUGAUGAGGAGCCGAUUGCUGUGUUAUGCUGUGCAAAUGCAGCUGGAACUCAUCGGCUCCCUCUGGCAUUUAUUGGUCGAGCUAGCAAGAGUAGGGUCCUUAAUGGUCUGAACGAGGGGUUCCUGCCAGCUGUCUACUUCCAGCAGAACCCUACGCAGUCUUACAGUGACAUCUGCAUGACCUGGUUUCACCACAACUUCAUCCCUGCCGUGAAAGACCACCUUAGUACACAGGGUUUGGCCCACAAAGCUGUCCUGGUCCUGACAGAUACACCAUCCCACCCUGAAGCACACCCCCUGCAUUCAGUAUCAAAUAACUGCCAUAUUUUCGCAGUGUACAUGCCACCAAGCGUAGCACUGAAGCUUCAGCCCAUGGAACAGGGUGUUGUACAGAGCCUCCAUCAACAUUACAUGUGCGGCCUGCUUAGCAAACACUCGGAAGAUACGUUAACCUCCCCAAAGGAGCACAUAGUGAUGGACGUGCUGCUUGGAGCCGUGGCCGCAUGGACGCAGAUAGAAACAGCGACGCUUAUGGCCUCCUGGCGUGAGCUCUGGCCCAGCGGUGAGAAGCUCACAGCUUUCAAUCCGGCGCAACUUGAGAAUGGACAUCGACAUGAGGCAACGAACAUGGCACUUCUCCAUUGGCAGACAGGGAAGACACUAGGGUGCAGAGAUGGAUAUGAGGAAAACAUGCAGACUGGGUGCACCUGGGAUGACAAUCAGCCCAGCUACAAACUUCCCAAAGAUGAGGACGGAGCAGGGGAAAAUUAUGGUCAUACAGAUUAUAGUGCUAGUUGCUUUCAUAAUAAAACUAGUGGCAUUGUGCUAGAUGGGCAUUGUGUGGCUAACAUUACUGGAGAAAAUUACGAGCAUGUAGCAGAGCAGAAUCGUGGCGAGGAUGUCAAUGGGGAUGAUGAGGUUAAUGAAGAUGAUGACCCUCCUGCCCAGAAUGAAGUCAGUGCAAGGAGUGCCCUUAUGGCUCUGGAAACAGUGAUGCAGUUUCUGGAGCAACAGCCAGACACGGACCACCAGGAGAUGGUGCAGCUCCUCGGCACCCGCCGCAAGAUCAAAUCCAAACUCUCCGUGUCUUUACGCAAGGAAGCCAUCAGGCGUUUGCUUCACGGUCAUGGACACCUACGCCCAGGAAAGUCUCCUCGUUCUGGCCCGCAUUGUUCGACUACGAUGAGCUUAUAGAGGCCAAACAUCCAAUUACACGGCUAUCUCACUAAUGUUGCAGUAUCCCUUUGCCCGACUCCCAUUUCGAAUCAUAUAUUCCUGAUCGCAUAUCGUCUCGAUGAAACAGUGUUUCAUUGUGAACAGUUGUAAUUGUAUAUAUAUUAAUUAUGGCCUUGGUAUAACAGCUUGGAUAACUGGCUCACUUUUGACUGAAUAAUAUGCCAUUUCAUUGUGAAAUACAAAUAUGGCUUUUGAUAAAAGGGCACACAUCAUAGAGAAAUGCAAGUUGAAAAUUAUAGUGAGUGACAAAAAGAGGAGCAGUUGGAUCAUGAAAUAAAUAUAAAUUUGAGACAUCAGAUGCACUAUUCAGACAAAUAUAUGGAUUUUGGCACAACAAAACUACGAUGCAAUGCUGACUGAUGGGUGAGACGCGUGAAGGAAUAGCAAGGAAGGGAAACGUGCCCGAGAAGAAGACUACUGUGGAGAUGGAGCAUUGCGAAGGCUGCCGAUGAUGAUGGAAUCGCUCUUAUUGGUUGAAGUAUAUGUUAGCUUUUUAAAUGUAAUGAAUAAUCAAUUAUAUAUGGAUCAGGAAAAAUGUGGCGGACUUAAUAAGAAUCUAAAGCUUAAAAUUGUUCAAUCAAGGAGACUCUUGAAGUCACUUUGAGCAUUAGUUACAUAAUCAGAUCUUUAUAUGGAUCAUUCAGUGGUAUUCCACUCUUUAAUCAAACCAUCUAGUUUGGCAUGUUAGUGAGAGAUUUUCAUUGGCAGUGCAAGGUGAACAAUGUAGCACGUGGGGGGUUUUUUGGUUAAAGUUGUCUCCAGGUGCAUUGACCAUGGGUGGCACUGCACUAAUCUCCUGUUUACAGCCCUGAGCCAGCGGUAUGAUCCUACAUUUCUAUGGUGGGUGCAAAUGUAAUUAUCAUAGGCCAACUGUUGAUGAAUUCCCCACAAUUGUUAAUGGGAGAGGUGACAUGGCCAAGUUGUGGCUGGGUUCGAUUGUUGCAACGGUUUUCGGUAAUACUGAAGGCAUUAACCAAAAAUACGCACCGUCUACUUUACAGUGGACGUUGAGAGUCAAAGCUAUGUGCACCAGUGUCGUGCUCUGAACUUUCCAGAAUUGAAUAAUUAAUCACACAUUUUUAAUUGGGAUUAAAGUACCAACAGAAACAUUGCCUCCGACCGGCAGACGAAUGCCCACUUGCAGGCUGGUGCUGCGUCACCUUGUGUCGCACACAGACAGCUGUCUUCAGGGGGGUUUCUCCGCAAGGAUAAAAAAAGAAAACUACCUCUGGGCAUUGGAAUGGUUGAGAUGAGACAUUGUGUCAUGUGCAUUUGGAUGUUGGGUCAAGCACCCAAUAAAUGGGAAUCUUUUAUGUAGGAAAAUAAUAAAUACAUUGGUAUAGCCUCAUGCGUUUUUCUUUUAUCUGACCCGCCCAAUUGCUUCAGAAAAUUGAGAGUCGACGAUGUAUCUGUAUUUAAACAUGAUUUAAUUGUACGUGUGCUUUUCCCCCCAAAUUUCUACUUUUUAAAUGUUAUUUGAGCUUUUGUUAUAGUUGUAUUGGGUUUUUAUAGAAUGUAUUUCACCGGGUUACAAUAAGAUGAUACCAAAAUUGUAAUGUAACAGAUGCAAAGUAACAGAGAUGUGCAUAAUUAUGAAUACGUGCAUCACUCAUAAAUGAUUUACUUAAAUCAAUUUAACUGCAUUGAUUUAUUUAAUUUUCAAAUACUUAGUUCUAAGGGUUAACUCUUGAGUAAUCAAUAAAGUAAUUCCGGAUGUAUGUUUUGGUGCUUAUUACAUGGAUAGUGUUAAUUAUUCUGCUGCUUUGUGCAUCCACACCUUUAGGACUGGAUUCUAAUGAGUUUUGCAUAUUAAACGCAUAUUUAAGUAA